GGAGUCAGGUGUGGUUCCGUAAAUAGUUGUCCAUGUUCUUUUUUUAACAUUUUUUUAAUAACUUCUCUGAGCCUUUUAAUGAUCUUGCCUCACCAUCUAUGAAAGAAGGGCCUUAUCUUCAUUGCUCCCAUGGAAUUUGUUUCCUGUGCCUUCUUACUUCCCCAGGUCUUCCAGAUUAAUUUGGAGUCAGGAGGGAAGGGGAAGCAAGGCUACUAUUUACAAAAUGGUCUCAUCUUGUGGGGUGCCUGAGUGGCUCAGUCGGUGUAACAUCCAGCUUCGGCUCAGGUCAUGAUCUCACGGUUCAUGAGUUCAAGCCCUACGUUGGGCUCUGUGCUGACAGCUUGGAGCCUGGAGCCUGCUUCAGAUUCUGUGUGUCUCCCUCUCUCUCUCUACCCCUCUCCUGCUCACACUGUCUCUCUUUCAAAAAAAAACAUUAAAGAAAAUUUUUUUAAAAAAUGAGAUAUUUGUAUUGGGGUAGUUAGGUAUUUAAUGAUGGGGAAGUGUAGAAAGGAAAAUCGUAAAUUAGUAUAUGGACACAGUUAGAUGGGUUAGCCCCACUCUGCCUGUGGUUUGCUAUCCUUAAGCUUGGCGUGUAUCGAGUGUAUGAACACUUCCGAUUUUCAAGGUGAAAAUGGGAAGUGGAUUCAUAAGAAUUUUCUGUUUGUUUUUGGUGGGGCUAUAUCUGCUGUGCUAGUUUUUUUUUUUUUUUCCUGAAAGAUUUAAAUGGUCAUAGUGAGCAUCUUGACCAUAUUUCCAUCUUGCAAAAGUGUAUGGCCUUUGUAGCAACUUACUCGGCAAACCAGGCAAAUUAGUUAUUUGAUUACAUAAGCAUACAUAUGCAAACUAUGUGGUUGAUUUGUGUGUGGGGGCGGGGGGGAAUUUUUGUAAAAAUUAUUUUUAAGAAUGCAAAAAAAAUUUAUUAAUCCUGUAUAACUUUAUCAAUAUUUGGGUGACAUCUGUUGUUACAUAAGCUUAUAAUUCAUUAUAUAAUAUAUACUCUAUAGAUGGGAAAAUCUUUACUGCUAUAUUUUUGAAGAUAGCAGACAUGUUUAAUAAAGAUAAUGAACAUUUCAGUUUAUUGAUGUGUAUUAAUAUUUCCAAAGGCAAAAUUAAAAUACUACUGGAUAGUUUGCAGAUUGUUUUAUUUGAUGUAUAGCCAAGAGUACAGAAUAAGGGGUUAAAAAGUGAAAUGGGAAUGGUUUAUCGUUUGCCUACUCAGUGGUCAGAUUUAUUUUUUGGAAUCACAUCCUGCAUGUCUUGAUAUUUUCAGUUCAUUUCAGUAUUUUGGGAGAUACCUAUGUUGAUAUAGUUAAUGAAAUACUGAAGCCUAAGGACUUGUUUAAAAAAAAAAAAGUAUAGAGAUAAUUACUUCCAGUCACAUCAAGUUAAAUGAACCACAAAAAUCAUGAAGUCAAAAACAAAUCAAUUAUCAUUUGGCAGUUCCGUUUAGUUUAUUGCAGUUAAUGAUCUUCGAUUGAAUUUGCAGCUCUCUGGGUUUGUUUGGAAAUAGGCCAUCACAUGCUGAGAUGAAAUACCAAGUCAUUUAAAUUAGAUACCGAGCAUGCUCAUAUGAAGUACUUACUCUUGGAGACUGCAGUGUGGUUCAGUUUUCUUCCAGUGGGAAGAGAAGAAAAGAGCUCACCGAGUGCCCUUUUGUCAUCAUUCUGUCAGAGGGCACGUAAUUUGUCUUUGGAAACCAGAAGCCUGAGACAAAGAGAAGAAUGCAGGUUUUUAGCAAAAGGCUAUUUGCCAUAAUGAAAGGAAAGUAACCUGUAAACAUCCAGUCACAGGACAGCCAUCACAGGACAAUUGUAUUUUUGUAGUGAAUGAACAGACUGUUGCAACCAUGACAUCUGAAGAAAAGAAGGAACGACCUAUAAGCAUGAUAAAUGAAGCUUCUAACUAUAAUAUGACUUCAGAUUAUGGAGUGCAUCCGAUGAGCCCUGUAGGCAGAACUUCACGGUCUUCAAAAAAAGUUCACAAUUUUGGAAAAAGAUCAAAUUCAAUUAAAAGGAAUCCUAAUGCACCUGUGGUCAGGCGAGGCUGGCUUUAUAAACAGGACAGUACCGGCAUGAAGCUAUGGAAGAAACGCUGGUUCGUGCUUUCUGACCUUUGCCUCUUUUAUUACAGAGAUGAGAAAGAAGAGGGUAUCCUGGGAAGCAUACUAUUACCUAGUUUUCAGAUAGCCAUGCUUACCUCAGAGGAUCACAUUAACCGCAAAUAUGCUUUUAAGGCAGCCCAUCCAAACAUGCGGACCUAUUAUUUCUGCACUGAUACAGGAAAGGAAAUGGAGUUGUGGAUGAAAGCCAUGUUAGAUGCUGCCCUAGUACAGACAGAACCCGUGAAAAGAGUGGACAAGAUUACAUCUGAAAAUGCCCCAACUAAAGAAAUCAAUAACUUUCCCAACCAUAGAGUGCUAAUUAAACCAGAGGUCCAAAAUAACCAGAAAAACAAAGAAAUAAGCAAAAAUGAAGAAAAAAAGGCAUUGGAAGCUGAAAAAUACGGAUUUCAGAAGGAUGGUCAAGAUAGACCUUUAACAAAAAUUAACAGUGUGAAGUUGAAUUCUCUGCCAUCUGAAUAUGAGAGUGGGUCAACAUGUCCAGCUCAGACUGGACACUAUAGACCAGUCAACGUGAACAGUUCAGAGAACAAAACUGUCAAUGUCAGCCUGGCAGAUCUUAGAGGUGGAAACCACCCAAAUACCGGGCCCUUACACACAGAGGCUGAUCGAGUCAUACAGAGGACAAACUCAAUGCAACAGUUGGAACAGUGGAUUAAAAUCCAGAAGGGGAGGGGUCAUGAAGAAGAAACCAGGGGAGUCAUUUCAUACCAAACGUUACCAAGAAAUAUGCCAAGCCACAGAGCCCAGGUUAUGGCCCGCUAUCCAGAAGGUUACAGAACACUCCCCAGAAACAGCAAGACCCGGCCUGAAAGCAUCUGCAGUGUAACCCCUUCCACUCGUGACAAAACAGUAGGGCCUGGAGCAGAAGAGAAACGGAGAUCAAUGAGAGAUGACACGAUGUGGCAGCUUUACGAAUGGCAGCAGCGUCAGUUUUAUAAUAAGCAGAGCACCCUCCCUCGUCACGGUACUUUGACCAGUCCUAAAACCAUGGUUAAUAUUUCUGAUCAGACAAUGCACUCUAUUCCCACAUCACCUUCCCAUGGGUCAAUAGCUGCUUAUCAGGGAUACUCCCCUCAACGAACAUACAGACCGGAAGUGUCUUCGCCAAUUCAGAGAGGAGAUGUGACGAUAGACCGCAGGCACAGGGCCCAUCACCCUAAGCAUGUCUAUGUGCCUGACAGAAGGUCAAUGCCAGCUGGCCUGACUUUACAGUCUGUUAGUCCCCAGAGCCUCCAAGGCAAAACGCUGUCACAAGAUGAAUGUAGAGGCACAUUAUACAAAUACAGACCUGAAGAAGUGGAUAUUGAUGCCAAGCUAAGCCGGUUAUGUGAACAAGAUAAAGUGGUACAUGCCCUGGAAGAGAAACUUCAGCAACUCCACAAGGAGAAAUACACGCUUGAGCAAGCUUUGCUAUCAGCCAGCCAAGAGAUAGAAAUGAAUGCAGAUAACCCAGCAGCCAUUCAGACCGUGGUGUUACAGAGGGACGAUUUACAAAAUGGACUGCUUAGUACGUGUAGAGAACUCUCUCGAGCCACUGCCGAACUGGAACGAGCAUGGAGAGAGUAUGAUAAGUUAGAAUAUGAUGUGACUGUUACCAGGAACCAGAUGCAAGAACAGCUAGAUCGCCUUGGUGAAGUUCAGACUGAAUCAGCAGGAAUUCAGCGUGCACAGAUUCAGAAAGAACUUUGGAGAAUUCAAGAUGUCAUGGAAGGACUGAGUAAACACAAACAGCAAAGAGGCACUACAGAAACAGGUAUGGCAGGAUCAAAGCCUUUCUCAACAGUUAAGUACAAAAACGAGGGUCCGGAUUAUAGACUCUACAAGAGUGAACCAGAGUUAACAACAGUGGCAGAAGUUGAUGAGUCUAAUGGAGAAGAAAAAUCAGAACCUGUUUCAGAAAUGGAAACUUCUGUUAAAGGUUCCCAUUUUCCUGUUGGAGUAGUUCCUCCAAGGACCAAAUCACCAACACCUGAAUCUUCAACGAUAGCCUCUUAUGUAACCUUAAGGAAAACUAAGAAGAUGAUGGAUUCAAGAACGGAAAGACCAAGAAGUGCAGUGGAACAGCUCUGUUUGGCUGAAAGUACUCGACCUAGGAUGACUGUGGAAGAGCAGAUGGAAAGAAUAAGGAGACAUCAACAAGCAUGCCUGAGGGAAAAGAAAAAAGGAUUAAAUGUUAUUGGUUCUUUAGACCAGUCACCCUUACAAAGUCCCUCAGGCUUAAGGGAUAAUCCAUUCAGGAUUACCCAGACUCGAAAAAGGGAUGAUAACAUUAAGGAACUGGAUACUGUCAUUAGAGAAAAUGAUGUGAAGCCAAACCAUGAAACUCCUGCAGCAGAAAUUGUUCGACUAAAAGACAGUGAACCUCAAAAUACAGAUUUCAGCAAAGAGUUGAAAAGCACUGAGGACAUUUUUUCUACAACACUUUUUAAACCUGAACCAAAUGGAGUGAAUUCUGAGGAAGUGAUGGAUAAAGAGAGAAACAAAGAGAAAAUGUCUGAGGAUGUUUCAUUCAGCCCUCAGGAUGAGACACAGAUCCCAAAUCAUAAAGCAGAAAGCCACCCUGAAGAAAAUAUAAAGGACGAUACUCAUGAGCAGGAAGAAACUAUUGCUUCUUGUGAACAAACUCCUGAGGCUUCUAGAGGAAAUCAAACGAUGGCAGUGAAAAGUCUGUCCCCAUCUCCUGAGUCCUCGGCAUCGCCGGUUCCAGCCGCCCAGCCGCAGCUCACAGAAGGAUCCCAUUUCAUGUGUGUGUAGUCUCAGAAAAACUAUCCUAACUUCUGUCAAAACCAUUGAAAGCUAAGGACGUGGACCUUCAGCAAUGUGAGAAGAUAUUGUACAGUAUACUUUAAAUCUAUGAAAUUCAUAGUUCUGAUGCUUUUGGCCACAGAGCAUCAUUUUAUCACUUCUGGAAAAUGUUUAUUCCAAACAGCUUUAAUGGCUCAUAUGUACACUCCGUAAUACUAAGGUUGUUGUUCUGACACCAGCUUGCUGCUAUGAUUUCAGAGCACAUAAGUAAAGGUGCUUUUUUAAUGUGCGGUCUACAGCCAGAGCUCACUCAGUUGCUGAUUUCCAGAUUUUGAUGUUUCUAAAAUUUAGGUGGAUUUAUAUUUCUUUUUGCUUUUCAGUACAUAAAUUUAGUUAUUAUUUCGAAUGAAGCUUGUUUUCCUUUUUUUUUUUUUCCUUCCCAUUUUUGGCUACUGCAAUGCUUUGUUUCACACUUGAUUUGUAAAAAUUUUAUAUAUAUAUUUAAAAUGUGCCAUUUUAUUACUGCUAAGUGAAGAAUGUCCUGUUUUCUGCUACUAUUAUUUCUCAGAUUGCAGCGUCAGCAGUUACUGCCACACUCUUGUCAGCUUAAACACAAAUGUUACCGCUUCCUGUUUCUUAAAGGUACAAUUUAAAAUGUAGGUAUUUUGAAGUACUGGGCUUAUACUUCAUUGGGAUAGAUGUGUACAGCAAUAAGCAGGUUUUCCAAUCCAGUACUUAGUUUGUGUACAAAUGUAAUUAUGUUCAUUGUGUAUAUAUUAUACAAUGAGCACAUGUAAGUAUUAAAGGCUACUUACUAUUGUUUAAAUGCAAAUGUUCAUAUCUCAUUUCUUUUUUAUCAUGUUAAAUAAAUGUUGAUGUUCUUAAA